AUGUUAGUGCGGCAUGUUGACGAAACGCCCAAGUAUACCCAGCCCAGCCCUAGCUAUCAAGCCUUGAAUAGCACGCCAGAUGUUUCUGUCUCUCCACAAACGCCGCGUUCCUCGGGUUCUCUCCCACGACCAACGUCUGCGUCUACUCCUGGAAACAGAUCUAGAUUCCAUCUUCCAACUCAUACUUUACAAACUCAUACUUUACAAGGGGGAACUUCCCUACAUCAUGUCCCCUGGCCGCGCAUUAGCACCCGAGACGCCUGUCUUUUGAGAUACUUCACCGAAGACCUCUCUCGAUGGUUCGACCUCACAGAUCCCCAAAGGCACUUCGCAACCGCCAUCCCCCAACGAGCCCGCGAAUGCUCGACCCUCCUCGACGCCAUCCUCGCCGUCUCAGCACGCCACUUCAGCACCCUUCCCGAACACCAGAAACUGCACCUCAUAAAUGCCUACGGCCUCACACAAACACAAAUCCAGGACCUAAAUAUCACAGAGGAAACAGUAAUCCACUACCACAACAAAUGCAUCACCGAGCUACGGAUCCUCGCCGAUGAGCCGGGCGCCGUGAUGGACGAGAACCUGCUCGCGGCGGUUGUUGUGCUGAGGUUUUUCGAGGAGUUGGAUAACCCCUUCAUAAACCCACCCACCGAAACAGCCCUGCACGGCCUGCACGUCUUCCUGCGCGCCCAAGCCUCAUCUGCACUCUCCAGCCCCCCAGGCCCUCGAAAAGCAGCAUUCUGGAUCGGAUUCAGACAGGAAUUCAAUCUUGCGUUCUCGCAACAGCGCACGAUACAGCUGUCGCUGUCUAUUGCAUCGUCGUAUCUCACAUUCGAGGACGCCCCGGAUCAUAUCUGGACGAAUCGGCUGAUUGUGAUUGGGACUUAUGUGCUGGAGUUUUGCUACGGGGAUGGCGACGUCAAUGGUGACACGAACAAGGACGGGGGCGGGGAUAGGGGCCAGAGAUCUGAGUAUACAGAACUAGUUGCAUUGCGGGACAAAUGGGUCGAGAACCGCCCAAGGUCAUUCUCCCCUAUAUACGUCGAACCAAGCUCCGACGCCCAUCUCUUCCCCCGAAUCUGGUACAUGGACGACUGCCACAUCGUCGCCGGCCAAGUCCUAGGCAUGCUCGACAUCCUAUUCACGGCAUACUCGCCGCACAUACCGCGGAUUGGGCCGGCUCGGCUGGAGUGCCUUGAGGCCGUAGAUGCGAGGAUCCGCGCGACGGUGCUGGAGAUGUGCGGGAUGGCGCUGUCGAACCAGCAGUCGCGCCCGGCGGGGCUGACGGCGUGCAUUGCAAUUAAUAUCUGCGCGGAUCGGUUUACGGAUGCAAGGGAGCAGAGGGCGUUGAUGGAGUUGGUGGUUAGUACCACGCAGGAUAGUAAUUAUUGGCCGACGACAGAGUCGCAGGCGACGUUGAGGGCUGCGUGGAGGUGGGAUGAUGGAGGUUGA